CUUCUCACCACAUAAAUGCAAAACAAAAACUUAAACACAAAAAAAUCACUUCUGUUUUCACUUCUCUGUUCUCUCUCACUUUAUCUCCCUAUUUGCAUGUUGGUUCUUGUGGGAAGUAUGCCCUCUUUAGCUUCUUUGGUUAGUUUAGGAGGCAUAAGUGUUGUGGGCACCAGUGGUUCUUCAUCAGAAUCGUCUUGUUAUUCGUUAGUAAAGAGGGUUUCUUUGUUGUCUAAAGCAAAUUAUAGGGGUAAAAAGAGAUGGGUUUGUAAAUAUUCUGUUACUACAACAACUACUGCAACUGAUUUUAUUGCUGACCAGGCCAAUGGGUCUGUGUCUCUUGAUUCUUCUAACACUUAUACAGGAAGUAGUAGUAGUAGUAGUAGUAGUAAAGAUGAGAGUGGUAAUGAUAAUGGUGAUAAUAGUGAUAAUGGGAUUGUUCUUAAGCCUGCUCCUAAACCCGUGUUGAAGUCGCCACCGGGGGUUAAGGGUGAACCAGUUUUGGGGAUGAAUUCGGUGGGUUGGGAUGCGUCGAGAGUGAGUGGGGAUUCAGAUGAGGAAGAGAGGAAUAAGGUUAUUGAGUCGUUGGAUGAGGUGUUGGAGAAGGCUGAGAAAUUAGAGACUGGGAAAGAGAGUGGGAAUGGGAAUGCGUCUAAUGUGAAUGAUAAUAGAAGAAAUGAUAGGCCUGGGAAUUCAGCUGGAACUAGGAAGACUAAGACAUUGAAGAGUGUGUGGAGGAAAGGUGAUACGGUUGCAAAUGUACAAAAGGUUGUUAAGGAAGAACCCAAGAUUGAUAAUAAGAAAGAGAAGCCUAGAAUGGGAGGAGAGGUCCAGGUGGAGUCUCAGUCGAAUGUUCCUUUGAGGCCUGCCGAGCCACCUUUGAGGCCUGCGCAGCCACCUUUGAGACCUCAACCCAAACUACAAGCAAAGCCGUCUGUAGUUCCUCCGCCCAUGAUAAAGAAACCUGUUGUAUUAAAAGAUGUGGGGGCUGCUCCAAAGUCAUCGGCUAGAGAUGUGAGUGAAUUACAUGUGAGAAGUAAAGAACGGAAACCAAUUUUGAUUGACAAGUUUGCCACAAAAAAAUCAGUGGUUGAUCCUGUAAUUGCUCAGGCGGUCUUGGCCCCCAAAAAACCUGGAAAGGGUCCUGCCCCUGGAAAAUUCAAGGAUGACUAUGGUAAGAAAAAGGCUUCAGGUGGAGCUCGGAGACGGAUUUUUGAAGAUGAUGGCAUUGCUGAUGAGGAGACAUCUGAACUGAAUGUCUCCAUUCCUGGUGCUGCAAGGAAAGGGAGGAAGUGGAGUAAAGCUAGCCGAAAGGCAGCUAAACUUAAGGCUGCCAAAGAGGCAGCUCCUGUCAAAGUAGAAAUUCUUGAGGUUGGGGAGAAAGGAAUGUUGAUCGAGGAGUUAGCCGAAAACUUGGUAAUUAGUGAGGGCGAACUUCUUGGGUACCUGUAUUCAAAGGGGAUUAAGCUUGAUGGGGUUCAAACUCUGGACAAAGAUAUUGUGAAGAUGAUAUGUAAGGAGUACGAAGUGGAAGUCUUAGAUGCUGACCCUUUUAAAGUGGAAGAAAUGGCUAGGAAGAAGGAUAUUUUUGAUGAAGAAGAUUUGGACAAGCUGGAAGACAGGCCUCCUGUACUUACAAUUAUGGGUCACGUGGAUCAUGGAAAGACAACCCUCUUGGAUUAUAUCCGUAAAACCAAGGUAGCUGCAUCCGAAGCAGGGGGGAUCACACAAGGAAUUGGAGCAUAUAAGGUGCUAGUUUCUGUUGAUGGAAAAUUACAACCAUGUGUUUUCCUCGAUACGCCUGGGCAUGAGGCAUUUGGGGCUAUGAGAGCUCGUGGAGCGAGAGUUACAGACAUUGCUGUCAUUGUAGUGGCUGCUGAUGAUGGGAUCCGCCCUCAAACAAAUGAGGCAAUAGCACAUGCGAAGGCAGCUGGUGUACCGAUUAUAAUUGCUGUAAAUAAGAUUGAUAAAGAUGGAGCUAAUCCUGACAGAGUCAUGCAAGAGCUGUCUUCAAUUGGUCUCAUGCCAGAAGACUGGGGUGGUGACAUCCCGAUGGUUCAGAUCAGUGCUCUGAAGGGUGAGAAAGUAGAUGAUUUGCUGGAAACCAUAAUGCUUGUUGCAGAGUUACAAGAGUUGAAGGCUAAUCCUAACAGAAAUGCGAAGGGUACUGUUAUUGAGGCUGGUCUGCAUAAAUCUAAAGGGCCAGUUGCAACAUUUAUUGUGCAAAAUGGGACUCUUAAAAGAGGGGACAUAAUAGUUUGUGGGGAAUCCUUUGGAAAGGUGCGAGCUUUAUUUGAUGAUGGUGGGAAUCGUGUUGAUGAGGCUGGACCUUCUAUUCCUGUACAGGUUAUUGGACUGAAUAGUGUUCCAAUUGCUGGUGAUGAAUUUGAGGUUGUUGACUUACUUGAUGUAGCACGUGAAAAGGCAGAAGCACGUGCAGAGGCAUUGCGUAAUGAACGAAUAUCAGCUAAAGCUGGGGAUGGGAAGGUCACACUUUCUUCCUUAGCUUCUGCGGUCUCAGCAGGAAAGCUGUCUGGAUUGGACUUGCACACACUGAACAUUAUUCUGAAGGUUGAUCUUCAGGGAUCCGUCGAGGCUGUCAGACAAGCCCUGCAAGUGCUCCCACAAGAUAAUGUCACUUUGAAGUUCCUCUUGCAAGCAACAGGGGAUGUCAGCACUAGUGAUGUCGAUCUUGCAGUUGCUAGCAAAGCCGUUAUUUUGGGUUUUAAUGUCAAAGCACCUGGAUCUGUUAAGACUUAUGCCGAUAAUAAAGGUGUUGAGAUUCGACUUUAUAGAGUUAUCUAUGAUCUUAUUGAUGAUGUGAGAAAUGCAAUGGAAGGACUGCUGGAACCUGUUGAGGAUCAAGUAGCAAUUGGCUCAGCUGAAGUCCGGGCCAUUUUCAGUAGUGGCAGUGGUCGUGUUGCUGGAUGCAUGAUAACAGAAGGAAAAGUAACAAAAGGCUGUGGCAUUCGGGUUACACGAAAUGGAAAGACAGUCUAUGUUGGUGUGCUUGAUUCUUUGAAACGAGUUAAGGAAAUUGUUAAAGAGGUAAGUACUGGAUUAGAGUGUGGUAUCGGGGCAGAAGACUUUGAUGAUUGGGAGGAAGGAGACAUUAUCGAGGCCUUCAACUCAGUUGAAAGGAAACGAACCCUUGAAGAGGCAUCAGCUUCAAUGGCAGCUGCACUGGAAGGAGCAGGAAUUGAAGUGUAGAAAGUCAUGUGGGUAUAAGUUUGAUCAUAUUUGCUCAAUGAAUUCCCACGCCCUAGUUCCUACCGUCCAGUCCUGUAAUUUUCCCAGAAAGGUAAAAUGUGGAUCAGUUUCCGCCACAUGAUUUAUUAUCAGGUGUGGGGUGCUGAAAAUCGAAGGCUGAAGUCAUUUGAUCAAAUUGUUGUAUUCUAAUCUGGUUGUUGUACAUAAUAAUGUAUGUCAAUUGGAGUUUAUUACUGUAAAGCGAUAACAUUCAAGUUCCUCAAGAUUUUCUAUUUUGUAA